AUGUCCGCGCAGUUUCUUUUCAAACGAAAUGCGGCUUCGAUGAUUUAAGGUUAUAGAAUGUUUAAGAUGCUCCUGUAUAAUGUACUGCUUAUAUCGGGGGCUUUAAUGAUCAAAAUUGCAGCUUAUGAUGACAAAAAGCUGAACUGUUCUAUCAGCCAUUCCAUUGGAACUUUAAUCACAAAACCAGAUAUAACACUAAAACGACACCAAAGGGAGAUUUUACGCUAUCAAAGUUUUGCCCAGUGCAGUCUAAGAUGUCUACAAAAAGACUGGUGCAUAUCGAUCAAUUUUGAAGCAACUGAAAGCAAGGGGCUUUGUGAGUUGAAUGACUAUGGAGUCGAAAGUGAGUUUUAUGUAUCGGAGAACAAAGAGGAAUUCGAGGUUCACAAAGGAUUUGUGUACAGUCAGUUGAGACCGCCACAGUUUGGUUGUCAUAACAACCCAUGUAGUAACGGUGGAACGUGUAUCGUUGACUGCAAGGAUUCGCAAAAAACACAUUGUAUUUGUCCAAAAGGGUUUAUUGGAGGUCGUUGUAAUGAAAUCAACGAAUGUGUGAGCAACCCUUGUCAGAAUGAAGGCACUUGUAAUGACAAGGACAAUGGAUAUACGUGCACCUGCGCCGCUGGCUUUAAUGGAACACACUGCGAACAUGAUAUCGACGAGUGCUUGAGUAGCCCUUGUCGUAACAAUGGUACGUGUAUUGAUAAAGUCAAUAACUAUUCCUGCACAUGCACAGAAGGUUUCCAGGGACAAAACUGCCAAUUCGAUGCGUGUGAUGUUAUGCCGUGUAAAAAUGGAGCUACUUGCAGUCUCUCAGGAAAUAGCUUCUACUGCACAUGCGACGCUGGAUUCAAAGGAAUAACUUGUGAUGUGGUCGACAGCGUCGAAUGUGCUACCUACACCAACAUAACGAACUCGACUCGUAACGUUAAGUACGGAAAGGUGAAUAGGCAAUGUGACAGMACCUCUUUCGUAGGUUGGUAUCGAUUGACAGGUGGCGCCGGCGUUGCUAUGCCAACAAAAUGUGUACCCGAAUACCACUGUAACACUGACGCUACUGGCUGGCUGAAAGAUCCACAUCCUACCAUACAAGAAGGAAUUGUAACAAGAAGAGUAUGUUUUAGUUUUUCCGGCAACUGCUGUAGAUGGAAUUUUGAUAUUCGUGUGCGAAACUGUGCAGCCUAUUUUAUUUACGAGUUUGUAAUGCUUAAGAUUUGUUAUCUUCGUUACUGCGGCCAAAGCUAAAAGGCUUGUUUAAGGAGGCUGGAAAGUGCUUUUUGCCUUCACAUACAAUCACAAUUAUGAACUAAAAAAAUUAAUACGGCUAUAAUAUGACAGCAAGUAAACCUGGAAAGCCAAAGAACAUAAACCAAAGAUCACAAUAAACAUGUAAAAAUGA